GACUGACAGUACUGACAGAUGAAUGAAGUGCGGUGCAAUGCAAAGCUGGAGCACCAUAAGCACACGCGUACCAUAUAAUAUUUUAUCUUAAAAUAAUUACAAAGGAUGCCGCCUAAAAAGGUAGAGGAACCGGAAAGAAAACCUCUCAUUGGCAGAGUUGGUACUAAUUUGAAAGUGGGAAUAGUUGGAGUGCCCAAUGUUGGAAAGUCCACAUUUUUCAAUGUGUUGACAAAGAGCCAAGCAGCUGCCGAGAACUUUCCAUUUUGCACCAUUGAUCCUAAUGAAAAUAAGGUGCCGGUGCCAGAUGCGAGGUACGAUUACCUGUGCGAGUAUCACAAACCAGCAAGCAAAGUCCCGGCGUUCCUGAACGUGGUGGACAUCGCGGGGCUGGUGCGCGGCGCGGCGGAGGGGCAGGGACUCGGCAACGCCUUCCUGUCUCACAUUAAAGCUUGCGAUGCCAUAUUCAACCUUUGCCGCGCGUUUGAGGAGGAGGAAGUUAUCCACGUGGACGGCGACGUGAACCCCAUACGAGACCUGGAGACUAUCGGCGAGGAGUUGAGGCUGAAAGAUGAGGAACAGCUCUUGCAGAACUGGGAGAAACUGGACCGGGUCGUCAGCCGCGGCGGGGACAAGAAACUCAAGCCUGAAUAUGAUGCGUUGUGCAGAAUUAAGGCCGUCUUAGUUGACGAAAAGAAACACAUUCGCUUUGGUGACUGGAGCGCCGCCGAUAUAGAAGUAUUGAACAAAUAUCUAUUCUUGACAUCGAAGCCAGCGUUAUAUCUCGUAAACUUAUCGGAAAAGGAUUACAUUAGGAAGAAAAAUAAGUGGUUACCAAAACUGAAAGAGUGGAUCGACAAGAAUGACCCAGGAGCGCCUCUCAUCCCGUUCUCGGGCGUUUUAGAAACCAAACUCAUGGAGAUGGACCCCGAGGAAAAGAAAGCCUACCUGAAGGAACACAAUAUUACCAGUGCAUUGGACAAGAUUAUAGUAGCAGGCUACAAGGCGUUACAACUAGAAUAUUUCUUCACAGCCGGCCCCGAUGAAGUCAAAGCUUGGACCAUUCAGAAAGGCACGAAAGCGCCGCAAGCGGCGGGCCGCAUCCACACGGACUUCGAGAAGGGCUUCAUCAUGGCCGAAGUGAUGCACUUCAAGGACUUCAAGGAGGAGGGCUCCGAGGCCAGCUGCAAGGCGGCCGGCAAAUAUCGACAGCAAGGCAGAAAUUACCUAGUGGAGGACGGCGACAUAAUAUUCUUCAAAUUCAACGCGGGCGCUGGACUGAAGGACGCGAAGAAGAAAUGACGCGACAAAGUGAUGAUGCUGAUCGUACACAUUCUGUACCUCAACCUCGUACUCUAUACAUUGCUGCACGUCGCUUGAACAUAGCUUGUAAGGAAUCUUAAGGAAUUUACCACUAUGACGUAGCUUACCAUGCUCUCGAGACUAUUCCGAAGUACAAGAAACACAAGAUGGAGUGGGGUAGUUGCCUAUGUAAUGCAUUCACAUAAUUAAACACUAUAAUCAAAUGUCUUUUUGACUCCAACAUUUGAGGUGAAAUUUGUAUUUUUCUCGCAUAUAUUUUUUGUUUUUGAGACAUGGAAAAAUGUAUUUAACUUGACUUGAUGCAUAAAAUAGUGAAGUCCCUAUUUUAUGCAUUAAAUGUUUAAAUAGGCAACCACAAGUUGAACAAUAUGUUUUAUUGAUACAUAAUUAAUUUAUAUUACUUUUCUGUGAUAAUUUCAGAAUUUCUCCCAAUAUCGGUUUUCAAUAUCUGCAUAUUAUAAUAUCCGCGUUGUGCUUCAUUAAACUUACAGACAAAAGAAGAAUAUUUUGCUGUGUCUGAUGCAUUUAUCUUAGAUCGUUGUAGGAUACGCCAGAGUGAAUCUAAAUAUUUAUAUUUAACUCUCUAAUGGAAUAAAGCUUGUUGAUGUUUGUA